AUGCGCGCUGUCCAAGUCCGCGAAUAUGUCAAGGGCCCUCUCGAUCUCACAGUAACCGAAGUCCCAACCCCAACCCCCGCCGCCGACAAAUACCUGAUCGAAAUCCACUCCGCCGGCACCAACUUCUUCGACAUCCUCCAGAUCCAAGGCAAAUACCAGCACCAGCCACCCCUCCCCUGGAUCGGUGGCGCCGAGUUCGCAGGCACAAUCGCCGCCGUCCCAACGUCCGCGUCAUCCCCGCGCUUCCGCGUCGGCGACCGCGUCUUCGGCGCCACCCAGGGCUCCUACGCAACCCACGUCCUCGCCCCGGAGACGACGCUGCUGCCGGUGCCGAAGGGCUGGAGCUUCGAGGAUGCGGCGGGCCUCUUCGUCACCGCGCCGACCUCGUACGGAGGCCUGGUGCAGCGGGCCGGGGUGAAGGCCGGCGACUGGGUGCUUGUGCACGCGGCGGCGGGCGGCGUGGGUCUCGCGGCGGUGCAGAUUGCCAAGGCGAAGGGGGCGACUGUCAUUGCGACGGCGGGAACGCCGCGCAAGCGCGAGAUCGCGGCGGAGUUUGGUGCGGACUACGUCGUCGAUUAUACGGAUAAGGCGUGGCCGGAGCAGGUGAAGAAGCUGUGUGCGACGCACCGGACGGGUAAUGGCAAGGCCGGUGUGGAUAUCGUGUAUGACCCUGUCGGCAUGAUUGAGGCGAGUCUGAAGUGUGUUGCGUGGAACGCGCGGCUGCUGGUCAUUGGAUUUGCGGCGGGCAAGAUCGAGAAGGUUGCGCUGAACCGGGUGCUGCUGAAGAAUGUGAGUCUGGUGGGGCUGCACUGGGGACAGUAUGCCAAGUUUGAAACGGAAACGGUGGGUGAGGUGUGGAGGGGGAUCUUUGAGCUUGUGGCUCAGGGCAAGUUCCGGGGAACUGCGUUUAGAGAUGAGAGUUUCGUCGGGCUGGAGAGUGUGCCGAAGGCGUUGCAGGCGCUUGGUGGGCGGGAGACGUGGGGGAAGGUCGUGGUGAAUGUGACGGGGGAUGAGACGGCGAAGAGUAAGCUCUAG